GUUCACAGAACUGACAUAAACAAACACAAGCUAAAAAUUAAUCAAGAUUCACGAAAACCGCAGAUCAUUCUGAAUAAUCGAAAAGUUCAAACGAAAAUAACCAUUUUUAUCGAGUUGGUUCACAUACAAGUACCGGAAUAAUGUUCAAAUUCUUCAAGGACAUCGAUUUCUCCGGAUACACCUUACUGGUUCCCAGUGUCAGUGUCGGAAAUGUUGCUCAGUUGGCCACCGAUCUGCUCAUCGAAACACUAAAACUGGAAAAGAUUGGUCUUCUAUGGCACCCGGCACUGAUUCCGAUUGUUGGUCCGCCGGCUUACGAUCACGAUAAAGAUCAGACCACCACCACCGCAGAAUUGUACGUGUCCGAGAAGCACAAACUAUUGGUUCUGCAGAUCCGGGCUCCCCUGGUGGGAGCUCUGCAGUCGGAAUUCCUGGACAAGCUAACCGAUUUCAUCCGGGAUCGACAACUGGUGGAGGUUAUCAUCCUAAGCAGCAGCUUUGCCCAUGAAAAUCAUCAAGUUGGGUCGCGCCCGUACAAGUAUCUGGCAAACGAACGAUUUCAGUCCGUGUAUUCCGAAACACUAAAAGAGCUUCAGUGGACACCGUUGGACGGAAAUGUGAUCCACGGGGGAGGCUUUGCAGGUAAACUGCUGAGUGCUUGCACCGGAAAGGAAGUGGCAGGUUUCAUUUUGUUCAUGUACGUGUCCGAGGGUGACAACACGGCCGACGCCGUGCAAUUGGUGUCUUUGGUUGAUCAUCUAAAGAAACCGUUGCUUCCGAGGGAGGAGGAUGGCGAGAAGAUAAAAUUGGCGAUUCCGAGCUCAUGGAAGUAUCUUUUCGGAAAUGCGGCUCCAGUCAACGUGUAUUAAUGGGAAGAUAAACGGUAAUUAUAAUAUUU